CGAGGGCGAGGAAGCUGAGGGAGACACCCAAACCAAUCCCGUUACAGAAUUUUUUUCUUUGGUCUCCUCCUGCUGUUGUCCUCAGCUGCAUAUCCAAUACGGCAGCAACGCCUACGUCCACAUUUUAAUAAUCAGACAAUCAUCAGUGACUGGCUGCAGCCUGCUGUUCAGAUGCUGGGAGACAAGGCUCACGGUGUGACUUUGAAGGUUAUGGAAUACACGUAUGAUGACGAUCUGGAAGAAUUGUGUCCUGUAUGUGGAGACAAGGUGUCCGGAUAUCACUACGGGCUGCUCACCUGUGAAAGCUGCAAGGGCUUCUUCAAAAGGACAGUGCAGAACAACAAGAGAUACACGUGUGCUGAAAAUCAGGAGUGUAAAAUUGACAAGACUCAGAGGAAGCGAUGUCCUUUCUGCCGUUUUCAAAAAUGCCUCAACGUCGGUAUGCGACUAGAAGCGGUGCGUGCAGACCGCAUGCGUGGGGGAAGGAAUAAAUUUGGCCCCAUGUACAAGAGGGACAGGGCCUUGAAGCAGCAGAAGAAGGCUUUGAUACGCUCCAACGGCUUCAAAUUGGAGAGUGCGGCCCCUCCGUCCACCUCCCCUCUCCACACCGACUACGGCUUCAGCGGCACUCUCAACAGCAUGCCCGCCCUCCCCAAAAGCAUCCUACCCUCCACCCCCGGCUCCAUUACGCCCACAGACUACGAGGCAAACAUUUAUGCCACCCCAUCCCUAGGUAUGCAGUCCCACGUCCCCCUUAGCGGCCAGUACCAGUACACAGCCUUCCCCAGCAGGGUCAUCAAAGCCGAGUGCCCCGACUACACCAGCUCGCCCGAGUCUCUCACGGGAUACGCCUACCCAGAAAUGUACCCCUCCGCCUCGCCGCAGCCCCCAACCCUGCCGCCGCUGGUGCUGGAGAUGCUGCGCUGUGAUCCGGACGAGCUGGUGGUGCGGAACAAGAUCGUCUCUCAUCUGCAACAGGAGCAGAGCACUCGAGGUCGGCUGGAGAAGCCCAGCGCCUUCAGCCUCAUGUGUCGCAUGGCAGACCAGACCCUCUUCUCCAUAGUGGAAUGGGCCCGCAGCUGCAUCUUUUUCAAGGAGCUCAGGGUGGGGGACCAAAUGAAGCUGCUGCACAACUGCUGGUCUGAACUUUUGGUCCUGGAUCACAUUUUUAGACAAGUGCAACAUGGAAAGGGAGACAGUAUCCUGCUGGUUACUGGCCAAGAGAUCGAGCUGGCUUCUCUUCUGUCUCAAGGUGAGGCAACUCUGUCAAGUUUGGUCCAAAGAGGACAGGACCUUGCUGUAAGGUUGAGGCUCCUGCAGGUGGACCGUAGGGAGAUUGCCUGUCUGAAAUUCCUGCUCCUAUUCAACCCCAAUGUGAAGCUGUUGGAGAACCAGGCAUUUGUGGAGGGUGUCCAGGAGCAGGUGAACGAAGCUCUGCUGGAGUACACCAUGACCACUUACCCUCAAUUUCAGGAGAAGUUCGGCCAGCUGGUGGUGCGACUGCCAGAGCUACGCUCCCUCAGCACACAGGCUGAGGAUUAUUUGUGCUACAUGCAUCUGAGUGGCGAGGUGCCCUGCAACAACCUGCUGAUUGAGAUGCUCCAUGCUAAGCGAGCAUGUGUGUGAGGAAUGCAGACGACUUGUUUUCACCGUGUUGUGUGUUUUGGUGAGACUAUGUAUGGGAUCAACAAAUCAGCAAUGAAAGUGGACUUACAUGCCAGCUUACCUUUGUGAGCAUUUUUAUAGCCAGAGAGAUUCUUGCAGGUUUCAUAGAGCCCCAUCUGCGUUCCAGAUUGUUUUGAGCAUUUAACAUAAAUAUUUGUAUCUUUAUGUGACAAUUUUCGAAUGACAUCAAAUCUCGUGGCAAUGAACAUUAUCCAUUUCCCCAACUCCAAUGAAUGAAAGGUUACCAACAGAAUGUACCCACCCGCUUACAACUAAGCACAGUCAAUAUUGUAAUGACAAUGUUCAAGUUGUCAGAUGCUGAAAGCACUAUUCUAUUGGUUAACUUGUACUAUGUGCUGACUGUCACAUAGGAUGGCACCAUUAGCCUGGAACCAUCUUAUGAAUGAUGGGCUGGUGAUUAACGCUGCACUUUUUAUGACAGAUUUUAUAACCUCUUUUUAAGAAACGGAAUGUUGGCGUAUCCUUUUUUUAAAUAAUCAAGAAAAUAAAUGAGGACAUUCUCCAUAGAAUGUGCAGUUACAUUUGGUCACACUGUGUAAUUAAUAUAGUUUGAUUCCACUCUAUUUAGAUAUAGAUAUAUAGUAAUAGAAUAUUACUAUAUAGAUACCACAAGAAAGAGCUGUUCAUCAAAUGAAAGAAAAGUAGGAUACAGCCAGUAAAAUAAAUAAAAACUGGGCUUUUUUUCUUACAUUCCUAUUGUUCAAUAAGACAACAUUGCGAGAAUAUAAACAGGUUACAAAAUGUCAAUGUUUUAAUUUAGAUUUUCAAAUGAAUUUUGCAUACUGUUCUACAGUGUGCCAAAAGCAAAAUAAACAUCAUUAAGACUCAAGUGCCAAUUAGUUCUUAUGGAAAGUGAAUCGUGAUUCAUUUAAUGUACAGUGCCAUGGGAUUUUGGUUGUGCCCACACUUGAUAGUGUAGUGACAUGAAAACACGACAAGUCAGCAAUGUGACGUCACAUAACUAUAUUUUUCUGUGUCUGUAUCAGCAUCAAGCUCGUUAAAGGAAGACAUUUGGAAAUUCCAGCAUAAAUGCAGCUGAUGGGUAUGCUUUAAUUUUUCAUUCAGAAAGGUUUUAAUACGAAUGUCUUUGUCUCUAUCUGUUAUGUACUAGUGCCGGUAUUUACACAGAACCAGACUAUCAUCGAAAUUGAACAUUUUCACCUUUAUAAAAUAAUGUCAAACUGUAACUCACAUUAUUUGGUUGUUGGUUUUAGACACUGCCGAUGUCCUGUUGCCUAAAUAUUUAUUGUCUUAUUAUAUAUUUGUCUGCUGCAAUAUUUUCCAAUAUAACAGCUUACGUACUGAGCAGUUUAAUGUCAGUCUAACGACAAUUUGGAUCGUACUGAAAAUCUGAGUAAUGGGUCUAAGAGAACAGUGUCUGUUCUUGGUAUAGAUCAGUGUGGUACCUGUGAAACUUACUGUGUUGAAAGGUAAGCUAGACUCGUACGUAAAAAAACAAAGGUGACUUAUGCUCUGGGCACACAUAAGAGCACAUUCAAAGACAACAAUAUAUGACUUUUUCAGUAAUUGGGAAAAAGACAAAGAUGAAAAAGUGUAAUAUCACGUUCACUGUAGACAUUUGAAAAAUCUCCUUGAACUAAUAGAAGUCUGAAAUACAGUAUCAUUAUAGACAAUCGUGAAGUCUGCCUUAAUGUGAAUGUCACCCACAGACACAAAAAGACAAACACAAAGCGCACCUUGAUUUUAUUGAGGCAGUUGAUUGUUAUCAUGGUGUACAUGGUGUAUAUUUAUGUUGUGAAGUGACAAAAUUACAAUUCAUUUAACUAAAGUUCUCAGCCUUUUUUCAGGGCUAUUUGCUACUGAUGUGAAAACAAAUUCUCUUGAUAUUGCUUUUGUUUUUGUCCUUCAACUCUUGUUUUCCUGUGUAGGUUGACAGUCUGUUCUAUGUUAGUGUUUUCCUUCCAAAAGAGACAAUGACCAACCAAAGCAUUUUGUUUUGUUUCAAUUUUAUUGUAAUAGUAUCACACCAAUAAAAGUCAAUGACAUAAAGCUGCA